CGUGCUGUCAGAAUGAGAGCUAGAGGAUAUGCAUCCAUUUCUAGACAUAAUGUCAGGCUAAUGUUAGUUUUUACCUUUACUCAUCCACAUUCGCCUUUGUUAAAUCGAUGUUUUUCACAGAGCCCCGAUUACGCUUUUGCGAAGUUAUAAACGCAACGAGUGGAUAUAUCUUCAAAAAUAUGCAGCGGCGUUAAAAAACAUAUUUUCCCUGAAUUUUACGUUCAUCAUUUAUCGCGGUUAUUGUGCAGAUGGUGAACGCAACAGUCGCUUUCGUUAACCCGGGAGGCUUUUCCAGUAAAUAAACGGGAUCGUUUACUUCUGUAAUUCAAAACCUUCAAUCUGGAAUCAAAGCUUGUCGGCAACGAUGCGAAGAAGAAAUGAUGGCAUGACUGUGACAACAUGAAAAAGAAAAAGUGUGAAGGAAUAUUUUCCCACCGCUUUUGAAUUCACCGUAUGAACGCGGAGAUUGACUGACAGACGUGGAGAGUUGAGGAGCAGAGCACAAACAAUCCUGCCGGAGCCCGGUUGCCAUGGAUCCCCCUCCCUCUCUGAGUCUGGCCCUCCUCAGUGGGAACGAGGACGAAGAGCAACGUCCGCCCCUCCCCACAGGUGGUAUCUCCCACACCUCCCUCUCUGGCAACUAUCCUGGGACCAACCAUUCUAAUCACACGGGAGGCAACAACAGCCUGGAGCGUCUCAACGGCACUCCUUCGCCCACCACGCCGAACCUUCCGCCCGCGUCACUGCCCAAGCUACCCCUGUCCACAACUCCCCAGCUGUCCACGCCAAUACCCAAUGCACUCCACCCCACCAGCACGCCCCUUUCCUCCUGCCUCGGUAGCCAACAUAGUCUGAGCGGGGAGACCUCGCCCGUCUACAACGCACUGUUUUACUCCUCUCAUUCGCCCUCCACAGAGAGAGAAAGGGAACGGGAGAGAGGAUGUAAGCAUAGGCAAGCCAGCCCCCUGGUGCACAGGCGGGAUAGCAACCCCUUUACAGAGAUCGCCAUGAGCUCGUGCAAGUACAGCGGUGGCGUGAUGAAACCGCUGAGCCGCCUUAGCGCCUCCCGCAGGAACCUCAUCGAGUCGGACAGCGGCAGUGAUAGCAAGGAGGGCGGGCCGAGCACUGGCCCAGGUACGGCACCCUCCUCUCAGCAUAGCCAGUCACAAUCCCAGAACCCGCCAGAGAUUGUUAUCUCCUCGAAAGAGGAUCCACCUUACGGACACUCUUAUGAACUUGAGGCCUCUGCCAAUCAAAUGUCCAUCUAUCACCAGAACCACGCCCUCUCUGAGAGCAGGGGCAUGUUGGGUGGCAUUACAGCGGGUGGGACCAAUGGAAGGAGGGGUGGUGCUGCUGGAGGGGUGGGGAGGACCGCUUCCAAAGCUUCUAAACGUAAGAAUCAAAACAUCGGCUACAAACUGGGCCACAGGAGGGCGCUGUUCGAAAAGAGGAAGAGACUUAGUGACUAUGCCCUCAUAUUCGGCAUGUUUGGCAUUGUUGUCAUGGUGAUUGAGACCGAGCUGUCCUGGGGUGUCUACACUAAGAGCUCCAUGUAUUCUUUGGCAUUGAAGUGUCUUAUAAGCCUUUCCACCGUCAUUCUUCUUGGACUAAUCAUUGCUUACCAUGCUCGAGAGGUCCAGCUCUUUGUCAUUGACAAUGGUGCGGAUGACUGGCGGAUCGCCAUGACCAUAGAGCGGGUGCUACUCAUUUCUCUGGAGCUGAUCGUUUCGGCGGUUCAUCCGGUGCCGGGUGACUUCAAAUUCAUGUGGCGGGCGCGGCUCGCCUUCUCCUAUGCUCCCUCGCAGGCGGAGGCGGAUCUAGACAUGGUGCUUUCUGUACCCAUGUUCCUUAGACUCUACCUCAUCGCCAGAGUCAUGCUUCUACACAGCAAGCUCUUCACUGAUGCCUCCUCCCGCAGUAUAGGGGCACUUAACAAGGUGCACUUUAACACACGGUUUGUGAUGAAGACUUUGAUGACCAUCUGCCCGGGAACUGUGCUGCUGGUCUUCAGUAUCUCCCUGUGGAUCAUAGCAGCCUGGACCGUAAGAGUAUGUGAGAGGUAUCAUGAUGCUCAGGAUGUGACCAGUAAUUUUUUGGGUGCCAUGUGGCUGAUCUCCAUCACUUUCCUCUCCAUUGGAUAUGGAGAUAUGGUGCCUCACACCUACUGUGGCAAGGGAGUGUGUCUGCUCACAGGAAUAAUGGGAGCUGGAUGCACCGCAUUGGUUGUUGCCGUGGUAGCCAGGAAGCUUGAGCUGACAAAGGCGGAGAAGCACGUGCAUAACUUCAUGAUGGACACGCAGCUCACCAAACGGAUAAAGAAUGCCGCGGCGAAUGUUCUACGAGAGACCUGGCUGAUAUACAAACACACCAAAAUGACGAAGAAGAUCGACCAUUCUCGUGUUCGCAAGCACCAGAGGAAGUUUCUCCAAGCCAUUCACCAAUUACGGAGUGUUAAAAUGGAGCAAAGAAAACUCAGUGAUCAAGCCAAUACUCUGGUGGACUUAUCAAAGAUGCAGAGCGUCAUGUAUGAACUGAUGUCAGAGCUGAACGACCGCAGUGAGGAUCUGGAGAGGCAAAUGUUAAGUCUGGAGCAGCGUGUGGAACGGUUGACAGCCGGUUUUAAUGCCCUGCCUGCUCACCUGUCCGCAACGCUCAGCACUCAGCACGCCGCCCUUGUUCAACUGCUGCGCGAGCGCGACCCCAAGGUCCCGAACCCCACCGUGGCCGCUGUGCUAUCACCCCCCACUGCCAGCCUGCCACUAGCCAACCCACCCAUCAUCUCCACCACCACGGCCCAGCCGGGAGACGACAGUCCCAACACCAGCACCUCCAGCAGCUGAGAGCGCCGGUGUGGGCGGGACCUCUGGAGGUGUAGAGAUGGACGCACAGUCAAAAUUUCAAGAAGUGAUGACAUGAUCAUAUACACACAUGCAGUACCCGUAUACUGUAAUGUACUCAAGUAUUACACAGCUUACUCCAGAGAAUACGUCAGGACGGAGAGGCUGCCAUUUGCACAAAAAACCCCUAUGACAAAACUGCCAUAUUUCACUUAAAGUCCACGAGAAGGACAACCUUUACUGUUAACACGAAUGUAUACAUUUCCGUAGACACUGACAUACAUGUUAACAUGCAUGGACACACACGCACAUCCUCUCAUUAUGUCUUUGCUACCAAAGUGCUCUGUCUAUAGUUGACUGAAACUCCCUUUUGUGACUCUGUGUUGGAAAAUGAUGCUUGUUUAGAGGAUUACGGAUAUAAAUGAUAUACGAAUGUUAUGAUUGACGGAUCAUCACAGGUAUCUGGACAGCACUUUAAGUCUGAAAGCGACUAACAGCCAUUUGAGCGAAGCAUUAUUUCAAAGCCAGUCGGUACAUUAUCCAACCACCGCAUGAAGGUGGAUCAGCUGCUCACACGGAAAUAACUGUAGAAUGAGUGAUUAUAGUCAUUUUCCGACUGGAAUUGCUUCUAUUAAAUGGUUUGUUGGAAUAAGAGACUAUUUUACUUCUGACCCAAUUUCAACGGAGACCAUUUUGAAAACUGACUAAUAGUGACACUCUGUGGCCGGAAUACUGAAUUAUAUCCGCUCGGAAAUGUGUACAGUAUGCCGUUACUGAACCUUAGCUUUGUAUCGCUCAGUUUUUUACCAUUACUAAUUACUAACGCAGUUAAAGCUCAUAUUUAUUAAAAUUAUACGAUAGCGUUCUUUUCAUUCGUAAAAAAAUAUGAUUGCUGUAUAAAUAACGAUUUUAUUAAUAUUAUUAUAGAUGAGGGAGGUGCCGUUUGAGGUUGAAAUUAUUUUGUAAUUUUAUUUUACCAGAGAGAAUU